AAGUUUAUAAAACCAAGCAAAGCACCCGAAGCUACACAGUUAAAUUCUCGUAAAUAACUAAAUAACUCGUUUGUGUCAAAUUUUAAAUAAACAAAUUAAAUAAAAAAAAAUAACAAAAUGGUACGCCGUGGACGAUCAGCUAGCCCCCCACCAUCAGCCAGACGCACAGUACCGGCGCCAGCUCGCGCUGCUGCCCCGGCACCGGCUCCAGUGCCCGCACGUGCUGCCGCACCACCACCAGCACCAAUGGCAGCACCACCAAGCGCCGUUGGUAUGCCAGCACCACAGCAGCCCUCGAUGUUCCAGCAAAUGGCUGCAACCGCUGGCGGCGUUGCCGUUGGCUCGGCCAUUGGUCACACCGUCGGACAUGGACUCACAUCGCUGUUCAGCGGAUCGGGCGAUAAGGAGGCCGCAGCGCCAGCCGCUGCCGCACCGGCUGCACCACAACAGCAGCAGCCCUAUUAUGGCCAGCAAGCCCAGGCCAAUGAGCCACAAGGCGCCUGCGCCUGGGAGAUCAAACAGUUCCUGCAAUGCGCUCAGGGUCAAUCCGAUCUGUCCCUGUGCGAGGGCUUCAAUGAGGCUCUGCGCCAGUGCAAGGUGCAGCAUCAUCUGCAGUAAACAACAAUAACAAAAACAGCAGCUCCAAUAACAAUAACAAAUCUAACAUAAAAAGAACACAACCAAAUCUCAUCAAUCGAUGGCGAAAUGUUGAGCUUGAUGUAGGGAUUUUUUUUAAUUUUAUUUUGGUUUUCUGCGUUUUUGUUUGUUUCAAUUAGAUUUACAUAUAUAAUUCAUGAUAUUGUUAAUGAGACAACAAAUUGUUUAAUAUAGUCAAAUUGUUCAAUAGAAAUUUAGCGCCGCGGCGCGCGCCAGCCACAAAA